CUCCAUACGAUAUUAUUAAAAUUAAAGCCUUCUAUCUUAAAGACCGAUGAUGACACUAACCAGAUCCACUCUGAUAUUAGCUUCAUUCAUGGUUUAAGCUAAGUAGAAGGAAGUCUUUUGAUUGUUUCAUGCUUGUUAGUAAAGUAUGACUUCUUGUUGUAUGUGAUCUCAACUUUCCAAUGGGACAUAGUAAAUAUCCCUGAGCAGUAGAGUGAAUUCUAUGGAUUCCUGUAAGAUGGUGGAUCACUUAAUUUAGUGAACGCAAACAGGAUACAUAAGAAUCGGUUGACUCUAAGAAAUAAACGGUACAUAGUAUUAAUCUUUUGCGAUGGUGUAAUGUACCAAAAUGAAAGUCUUCUUAUUCUUUGAUCAUAUUAGUCUUAUCUUUAAUUCUACUUUCUAUGCUCAACUAUUCAAUACAGCCAUUCACUUACACCUGUUACCCCUCUUGUAGGAACAUAAGUCAACCACCAGCAAUCUCCAUCCAACUUUGUCCUGGACAAUCCCCUCCAGUUGUUACUCAUCCUUUCCAUGUCUACUUCCAAUUCCCAACAUGGUGUGUUCUUUGACCUUCCUCUCUUUCUAUCCUCUUCAACAUUCCAACUUAAUGCUUGCUUCGUGAUACAGUUUGUUGACUUCCGUAAUAUGCGUCCUAUCCAACUCCAACAUUUUUUCCUACUCUCCUCUUCAAAUGAAAACCAAUUUGUUCACUCCCACAAUACACUGUUGCUGAUGGUAUUCAACCAACAAACAUUGAGUAUCUUCCGUAUGUAGGACUGAUACACACACAACUAUUAACUAAAGUAUGUUUCUUCUUAAAUCCAUCACGCCACCCCCCUCCUGAGAUCAAUGGAAUACUUCAUUUCAUAAAUGAUUUUCAUCAAACCCAUAACCUCUUCAUUUCACUGAUACAACUAUAUGUCUAUAAUGAGAAAUUUAACCGAUUAAUAAUAAAUAGUUUAUAACUUACAUCAUAAAUCAAUUGUUUAUCGAUCAAAAUCGAUCAUAUUUGAAUCCAGAUCUGUAUCGAUUCUAUCUGUUGAAAUGUUCAUGGCAUUAAACCAGAAAAGUGUUUCAAUCAACUAAUCUCAUUGUUUUUCAUUGAAAUAUUCAUUAAAGAGGAACUAAAUUCUAUUCACAAAACAAAACAGAAAAUGUCAUCCAGUACCAACCGAAAUACUUAUGAAUCACUUGGUCUAACUAAAAAACAAUUCAAUCUUAAUCGUCAUUUAAAUUCGGAUAAUAUAAAGUCUAUAUUAUAUUAUAAUGAUUUGAAUAUACCUUUUUAUCAUUAUAUUCAAUGUACAAGAUGUAAUGGCAAUCAUUUAGUUGAAACAAAUUAUACUACUAACAAUUUAAUGAGUAGUAUAUUAAAAGAACAACAAUAUAAAGGUUACCGUAAUGAUAAUACUGCAUGUCCUUGCAAUAUGAUCAAGUUAAAUACAAUGAAACCAAAUCAAUCUUGUUACAAAGCGCAAUAUACCAACGAUUCAACAAGCUGUUGUCAACCAUAUUAUCUUUUGUGUAAUUAUCAUCAUCAUCAUGAACAAAUGAAUAAUGAUAGAUGUGAACAUUGUUCAUGUCAAUGUUGUAUUCAAUCGACAUUGAGUAGAUCAAUGAUUCCAUCAUGUAGAAAUUGUUUUUAUUGUGGAAAAUCCUAUGAAUGAUGGUAUUGUGGUUACUGGGUGGGAUCAAUACAUACAUACAUAUACAUUAAAUGCAUACUUAUUGAAAUGCAUAUUCAUUUAUGAUAUUGAAAAGUGACUUUUAUGUUUUUGGUACUUGAAAAAUUCAUUUUAAGUUCUUCUGCAAUAAAAUUUGCUUUGACUUCACAUGACUUUAUUGAAUCAUACAGUAUUUAUUUAACCACAUAAACAUUGGUAUAAGGAGACAUCAAAUAGAUAUGAGCCACACAAAUUAUCUGAUUUAUGAGAGGGGCAGGAUACUACCCGGGUGCCCAAAACGAAGUAAGUGGUUCUCUUAGGGACCGCACACACCGAAACUUUUACCUAAAGGUCUAAUCCACAACACAGUGGACCAAGGUAAGAAGAUGUAGGCACAUGGUAGCCUGGUGACCAACAAUUCGUUAAUACACAUUUUAUUUCCUUAGCAUCAUGUAGCCCAUCUACACCACUCAUUCCCAAUCAGCAUUUUCUAACUCUCCUUUCUAGGUGGAUUCUCAGUAUCCACCAACCCACUUAAAGCGCCGGACAUUCGCUUUUCGUCCUCUCAAUUUUGUAAACAACAGUAAUACCGUAAGAAAGCAGUGAGGAGGACUUCCCUUGCAGUGGUUGAAUGCACCUGGCUAUAUGAGAGCAUUUGGAGAGGGAGAGCUGACUGUCCCUACUCUCGCCGUACAAAGGCAUUUGAGAGCGAAUUAUACAGUACUUGGUCUAGACUUAAAGUAUACUGAAACACUGAAGGUAAAGAACUAUUUGAAGCGACAGAGAUUCAAUAAAAUCUCAAGAAAUAGAAUUCAAAACCUAAUAUUUGUUUGCUAGUAUUGUAUUAUUCAAAUUAUAUCUCUUAUUUAUGAUGUCUUAUAGUGAAAUUCAAGAUAAUCACUUAUUCGUUCUACGUAAAUGCUAUGAUGGUUGAAUCAAUAUGAUAAAAAAAAGCUUAAAUGUAAACCCGACGGCGCUUGAAAUGAAUGGUACUAGGUUCGAGUCCCAGAGUGAACAUCAACUCUGAGAUGCAGGUAUAUCCAGCCGACGAGUCCCAAAUAGGACGAAACGUGCGUCCUGGAUUCCACUGCUAGUCACUAUCCAUCAUUGCUUACAUAAACCCAUGUAUAUUGAACUAACAUAUUUCGAAAAUCGUAACUAAUUUCUGACUGCGUAAAUAUUCAAAUGUAUAUUAGAGCUAUAAACUUUCACUUAGAUACUAAAACAGUAUGCCUAUGAGUUACUUAUCAGCUAACAAAUGAAUAAUCAGGGAGGAGAAAAGUCACAAAACGACUAGUUUCUUUUAGAUGGGCCUUUAACCCAAAGAAAAAACCCCAAGGAGUUGAAUGGUCUCGAGAUUGAAUCGUACUUAGAUUAACUGCUGCAGAGGUAUAUAAAUUCCUUUGAUAAAUAGCCAAUUGCUUCAGGACUGGCCUGCGUCAACACCUGAACUACGGAUGGGGAGUGAAAUAGACGAACGCGUUGACAACUUCACUUAUCUUGGAAUUCUGGUCAGACCUAAUAUGUUGAUGUCUGACGAAACCUCUGCACAAAUUCGGAAACCUCGCUUGGCUUUUGCCAAUUUACGUCACCUCUGGCGAAUGCAAAAUAUUCGCCUAUCAAUGAAGGGGUGAGUAUACUGCGCGACACUUCGUUCUGCUCUAUUUUACGGCUGAGACGUGGCCAUUAAGAGUAGAAGAUACUCGUAAACUACUAGCAUUUGACCACACAUGCCUUAGAAAUAUUGCUGGCGUCUGCUGGGAUCACCGGCUAAGUAAUAGUGAGGUUAGACGCAGAGUAUUAGGGAAUGAUGGUAGGUCAGUUAAUGAGGUUGUAUAUCUUCAUCGACUGAGAUGGUUGGGACACGUGUUACGUACACCUGAACACUGACUAGCACGACGCACAAUGCUGACUAGUGUGGGGGACAGAUGGAAGAAAUUUGGGAGUGGUCAAACUAAAACGUGGCAUCAGUGCUUGAAGUCACUAACUUUUAAUCUGAGCCAUGUUGGUAGAUGCAGACAACUUGGUUAGAGUCCGCGUGACUAUCGUAACCAAUGGUUGGAGACUAUGAGUGACAUAACUCAAAAUCGAUCAUAAUGGCGUCGGUGUAUACAUUCUAUCUUCCUUUAAACCGUGAAAUGAAAAAUUGAUUCUUUCUUCCUGUACUACACCCUGAUACACAAUCUUCCUUUUCAUAUAUUACUAUCUUUAAAGUAACUACUACUACUACUACGAAUUUGGUGCUCAUCUUGUGCUAAUAAGGCGUGACAACCAGAACCGAUGCCUAGUUCUACGUUGUAACUGACUGACUGAAUUUCAAAUCCAAGCUACAAAAUUACUAAGUAUUGUUCAAACUACUUUUUGAUAGUAAGUAGUAAAGAGCCACUGUAAAAAUUAGAGAAGCAUAUAUAAACGGAUACCGUUUUCUAUUAGUUUGUAACUAGGCUUUACUCUAAUCUCAAAACAUCAGAAGAAAGUGAAGAUCAAUGUAAAAACUAUCAUAAUUACGUAAUAGAAAAUGUUUAAUUAGUCAAGUGCAGAAAAACAAACAAUGAAUUCUUGACCAUUUACAUUUUUGCUUUUGUCUGAGAAUAGGAUGGAACUGCAAGAGCAUAUUAACUGUGUACUAUUGUUAAAACGAACUCCCUUCAACUUAAGUAAGAAAUUAUAGCCUUUUCAUUCUUAUUUUAUCAUAAUAACGUACUCAUUUGAUGUGAACUUGUUGAGUCGGCUUUCGGAGAACUUCAACAGAGCCUCCAGAGGCCCAGAAGGAGCCGAAGAGUCCUAGCCAAUUAGUGCAUGAUGGAGCAUUCUAGAAUUCCAACGUGGCGUGCCACUAUUGGUCAGUAGCAUAAUAUGUCGUUAACGGAUUGGCCGAAAUAUGAUGUUGGUUUAACAUCUAUACAUACCCAUGUUUUCUGGUGUUCAGGUCGCUGUCUAGUUCUAGCGUGCGGGUUAUCAGAAUGGCUUAGGAACGAAUAUAGCGUCCAAUCAGCAAGACUUAACAGAACUAUUCAAAGUUAUCCAUCGACUUCAUCACUAUAAGAUAUAUAUCGUGGUACAGUUCUAAUACAUGUCUCUUGGGACAGUCUCUUCAUUUCUAAUCCUAGUAUCUUAAUUAUUCCAGUGGAAUCUCAAAAUAUGUUGCGAAAUAAGUCACGAUUUGCGUAGACAAUCUUCUAAACAGAAAUUUUUGGUUUCUAAUUCAUGAAUCAUAUAGAGAUUUAUAGUUACACGUUUAAAAUAUGACAUUCGUCGGUUAUUAGUAUUUAGUUAGAGAUGAAUAUCUGCACAUGCCUAACCACCACUAAAAUCGAACGGCGUUGUUGUUUGGUAUAGGAUUAGGGCAGAAGAGAGAAAAGGGAAAACGAAAUAAAAUAUGGCAUCGGUUCAUGAAUUCUGUGAAUAUUAGACUGAACCACGUAGGUAGGUGCAGACUACUUGGUUGGGAUCCGCAAGACGAUAACAACCAAUGGUUAGAGGUCUUGAGUGAAAUGGCUCAAAAUCGUUUGCAAUGGCACAGGUGAAUCCACUCUUUGUGUUCUCCCAAAUCCUAAUCUAAAUUCUUCAUGUUCCUUCUUUUCUCUCUUUCUAAAUUUAUUUCACUGGAUUAUACUCAUUGAAUAACAUCUCAAACACUAAUCUUUCCGAUUGCUGCUUAUACUUUUACUACCUCUACUACUAUAGGAUUUGAAUCGACUAUUGUAUCUGUGUGCUAAUGCGGUAUAGCAACUUGAACGGAUGUACGUACGUACGAAGUUCUAUGUUGUUGCUGACUGACUAACCUGGUUGGUAUCCGCGUGAUUAUCAUAACUAUUAAUUAGAUACUUUAGAUGAUAUGUCUCAGAAUCGGUUACAAUAGUGUAGAUGUAUUCACUCUGCUUCUUUUUCUUUCCUUAGAUCUCGAGUUUCAAGAUUAUCAUAUACUUUUCCUAAAAUGAAUACAUUACUGCUUCUCAAAUCGUGUUGUUUGUGACUAGUCUUGUUUACUACUACUAUUCUAGUAUUUAUCUUGAUAAUUUUAUCUUAGUAUGCUAAUAUCGUAUGAAAACGUGAACUGGUGUACAGAUAUAACUGACUGAUAAUUAUAAUUAGUAACCUCCAGGUUGUAUCUCUUCAUUUCUGUAGCAAUUUGGGAGACUCUCCCGAUCUCCCAUACUUUACGAGCAUCUCAUGUACCCAAAUAAAUGGUUUCUCUGCUUGUGAGAAGGAGAAUUAGCCUUUUGACUUCUGAACGAACUCGGCUUUCACCAUGAAAUGUCAUAACUCUUCUAAAUGAAGACCUUCUAACUCCCGGAGCAAAGUUUAAAUAAUUUGGAUUAAUUUUUAUGAUUAGCCUUUCUUUAGCAAGUUAGUUUUCUAAGAGAUGAUGUCGCUAACCUCAUGAUCAACCCUCCUCUUUUAUCCGGGUUUAAAAUCGACAGGAGCCCCCGGAG